UGACAAUGUCCCAACGGUGAUGAACGACGACAGCCUUCAUCGGCUCCGAUUGUUCGAACUUUCCGGUCACAGUCAAGGUUUCACCAUGUGCGACUCUGUUCCGCCACUCUUCUUUGCAUCUUCCAUCAAAUUUCGACGAUUAGGGUUCACCCAAUUUCAAUCCCAUUCUCCUCUACUUUCAAAUUCCUUCAAUUCUGGUCGUUCUACUCUUAGAAAUGGAUGCCUUCUCUUCCCUUCGAGGACAAAACUCACUAAAAGCUUGAGCGCCUUUGUUCCAAAGCGAAAUCGGUUCAGCGCCGAGUUAGAAUUGAAAGGGGAAGACGAAAAUCUUUUCGACAUCGUCGACCCUAGUCGGAGCGUUGCAAAUUUAGAUGGCAUCGACGGAAAUUUCGCAAGUAGAAAUGGGAAUGAUUCUGAGGAAAGACGGGGCGAUGGUGCAGCAGCUUCGUCCGGAUUGAACUUUCUCGAUCAGAAAGAUGGUGAGGAGGCCAAGAAGAAGAGCUUAAACAGUGAAGGGAGCUCAGAAGGGGAAAGGGAUUUGAUUCCCAUUGAAGAUGAGGAUGCAGAAAUGGAGAAUGGGAAGGUAGCGUUGCGGCGAAGGAGGCAAGUGAUGAGGAGAUCGAACAUGUUGGCAAAGCAAGUGAUCAGCAUUCAAACUGCGCUAAGCUUGGGAUUCGUCUCGCAGCUCUGGGUUAAUACAUCCUCUUGGAUGGUAACGUUUUUAGAAGUGAAGCCAAACUUGCUAUCUGGGGAAUCAGAAUGGUUUCAUCUUGAGGAUAUUAGUCAGGUUGGCGAUGUAGUUCUUGUCCAUGAUGAGACUGUGAUGGAUAAUGACUUCAAAAUGGCUGGAUUUGAAACACUGGUAGGAUACAGAGUAGUUACACCUGGUCGACGAAAUAUUGGGAAGAUACGCGGAUACACUUUCAACAUUAACUCGGGUGCUGUUGAAUCUCUCGAACUUGAUUCAUUUGGUUAUUCCUUUCUUCCUUCCAGCCUGGUGAGUACAUAUGCUUUGCUUGUUGAGGAUGUGCUGGAAGUCAUAUCCGAUGUCGUUGUUGUACAUGAAGAUGCAGCAUCACGCAUUCAAAGGCUGACAAAGGGAUUUUUAGGCACACAAAGCGUGGGGAAUUCGUUAGAUGACCUUGAAGAACUUUAUGAGUUCGAAGGACGGAGAUUUGACCAAGACAAUUGGAGUAACAAAAGACGUUAUGAUGGUAAAAGAUUCCGUAGGAGUCGAGAGGCCAACGGUGAUGAUUUGGGGCUCCCAAUGGAUUAUCUCUGAAUGUGAUCUCAGGUUUUUCACUCCCUCUUGUACAUUACAUGUUUGCCCUCCUCUAAACUAUUGAAUGGAUGCUGCAUUUGGUGGAUUGAAUGUUCUUUUGGUUCAACAAGUGUGAGAAUGAGAUCAAAUAAUCGACCUUCGAGAUGGUAAUUAGUUCCUUAUCUAUUGAACUAUGCUCGGAUUGGAUGUUGAGGUCUUGGAGUCUGGGAGUCUGAAGUAUAUCAUCUACCAAGUUAGGGUGGUCUUCCCUGUGUUACCCACCAAUUGAAAUAUUGAACUGAUGACCUCUUUAUUCUUAAAUGUGUGUUUGUAUAUAAUGUGAUUGUAUAUAUGGAAACCUUAUAUGUGUGUAUAUAAGCAAGAAAUUCUCAGAGAGUCGUUUCUUAUGAAAUGAAUAGAAAUUGGUAUGCCUUUUAACUUCUA